AUGGCUUCGCCCAGCGAACGGCUGUCCAGCGGCUUCAAAUUUGGUUUCGCCCUAUCGAAUUCGAUUGUUAGUCAUAUUGAUUGGUCACAGUCUUCGGAUUGGUCCAUUGCGAUGGUUGAGGGCAUCAUGAGCGAUCAGUUGGAUUAUAUCACAUUUUUCGGCAGUAAUUCACUCGUUCCAAUAACCAUCUUCUUUUUCAACAAUGGAACUUGGUGUAAUUCAGCCGCAGUACACUCAGCCGCUGAUUUUGCAGGCAAACGGCAGCCUCACGGUUACCUUCAGCUGCGCUAUUUUUGGUUCCCCGAGCUCAAGAUCCGAACGAUUCUACUGCAUACUGUGGCUACACUGACGGUAAAGCAGAACCAACCCAUCGACUUCUACACAUGCAACGUUGGCGACUACUGGCUGACCCACACCAUCGAUUGGAGUAAGUUAUGCUUUCAGAAGCAAAUAAGGCAAUUUUUAAUGCUUUCCCCCAACUGA